CCAUUAGAUCAAGCCUCAGAGGUGCAGGUGACAAUGAUGCUGACUGAAAGUUGCAAACUCAGAGGGCUUCAUCACAGGAAUCUGCUGCCUAUCACUCAUGUCUGUAUAGAAGAAGGAGAGAAACCAAUGGUGCUGCUGCCAUACAUGAACUGGGGGAACCUCAAACUAUUCUUGCGACAGUGCAAGCUGGUAGAGGCCAACAAUCCUCAGGCAAUUUCCCAGCAGGAUCUUGUACAUAUGGCUAUCCAGAUUGCCUGUGGAAUGAGUUAUUUGGCCAGACGGGAGGUCAUUCACAAAGACCUGGCUGCUAGAAACUGUGUCAUUGAUGAUGCACUUCAGGUGAAGAUCACGGACAAUGCGCUAUCUCGAGAUUUAUUUCCUAUGGACUACCAUUGCCUGGGAGAUAAUGAGAACAGACCUGUUCGAUGGAUGGCUCUUGAAAGCCUGGUUAACAAUGAAUUUUCCAGUGCUAGUGAUGUGUGGGCCUUUGGAGUAACACUGUGGGAACUGAUGACUUUGGGACAGACUCCCUAUGUCGAUAUCGACCCCUUUGAGAUGGCUGCAUAUUUAAAGGAUGGCUAUAGAAUAGCUCAGCCAAUCAACUGUCCUGAUGAACUAUUUGCUGUGAUGGCCUGCUGUUGGGCCCUAGAUCCUGAAGAAAGACCCAAGUUUCAGCAGCUGGUGCAAUGUCUAACUGAAUUUCACGCAGCAUUGGGAGCCUAUGUCUGAAACUGCAGGAAAAGAUUCAGUUCACCAAUUGGGAAGAAGGCAUGGCAUACAUUUGCAGCUCCAUGCAUCACUCGGACUCACACACGUGAUGUGUAUAAAGCAACACUAAAGGGAGAAAGCACUUCUUCCAAAACACCGUGCCUUAGAAUGCUUUAGUAGUCUGAAGUUUUUUUGUAAGACCUCUUGAUGUUGAAUAUUUUCUAGAUAUCACUUUUGCUAAGUUAAAUUGAGACCUUUUUAUUUGCCAGCAGGAUUUUUAAAGUGUAGUGAUAGUGAACUUGAACACAAGGUUUGGAUGAACUUUGCACUCUUACAACAGACACGUGAUUUUUUGGAAGGGUAUAUGGAACUGGUAGAAAAAUGAGGGUGGGGGAAUUAAUGCAAAAAAAAAAAAAAAACACACUACAGAAAAAAUUCCCUGCUUCUAAAAAAUGUUGAAACUGAAUCUUUCUGACCAGCUCUAGUGUUUGUACUUUGUAUGUAUCUGGAAUAGCUUUUUAGUAUCAACUACUUCUAUUUUGAGACAACAGCACAUUGUGGUUGGAUCCACAAGCGGCAUUCUUUUUUUUUUUAAACCCAUUCAUGAAUGUUUUUUGGAAAAGCUGGUCUUCAGGAUGCAAUAUUCCCUUUUUAAAGCAGUAAGUGAUGAUGUAAAAGUGAUUCCAGUUUACCUCAUUCAGAGAGUAGUAAAGGGGAGGGGAUAGGGGUUAAAAAUGGUGCCCCUCCUUUGCAGAUAAAAGGCUGAUGUCAUUUUUAAGAUGGUUUUAUGUGCUAAAUAGAGGCCUUCAGAGAAGUGCCAAAGCAGCCCUUGUGUUGGGAGUCUUUCACCUCAGACUUCUGGAUCACAGUUUCUCUUGUUGAAAAGGUACUGGUUGUUUUUUAUGGGCUUUUAUAGCCUGAAACGGGCUUAAAUAUAUAAAUAUAUAUUUGUAAAGACA